AUGGUGAAAACAACGCUUACCAGUAGUACUAACGAAAACGAUGGAGGCAAUUCCGUCGAUGGAUCAACAUCAAGGGGAGAAAAUAAAGAAAACAACGACAAUCUUAGCAAUGAUAUCGGUUCUAGACGAUUCGAAAAGCCCAUUCAAGUGGCAGAUAAAUGUAUGGCCAGACGAAUUGAUGACACGUGGCAACUAGCAGAAAUCAUACAUAUCCGACCCUCAUUAACAGAUGAUACUGGCUCACGCUAUUACGUACACUACGUUGGCUAUGAUCGGCGUUUGGAUGAGUGGCUAGGAAUAGAUCGCCUUAAGCCUGCGAGCGUAAAAGAAACCAAUGAAGCCAGCAUCAGACCAGAUAUUUGGUCACUAGCUGAAAAUCAGGAGCGCAAAGUUACCCGUAAUCAAAAGCGUAAACAUGAUGAAAUUAAUCACAUACAAAAGACUUACGCUGAGAUGGACCCAACAACGGCCGCUUUAGAGAAGGAACAUGAAGCGAUUACCAAGGUCAAGUACAUUGACAAAGUUCAAAUUGGAAAGUACGAAAUUGAUGCUUGGUAUUAUUCUCCCUUUCCGGAUGAAUAUGGUAAACAGUCAAAAAUUUGGAUCUGUGAAUAUUGCUUGAAGUACAUGAAAUAUGAAAGCACAUUCAAACAUCAUUUGACAAUAUGUAAUCACAAGCAACCACCUGGUGGAGAGAUUUAUCGCAAAUGCUCCUUAUCUGUUUUUGAAGUUGAUGGAAAGAAUCACAAACUUUACUGUCAAAACAUGUGUUUACUAGCGAAGUUGUUCCUUGAUCAUAAAACUUUAUAUUUCGAUGUGGAACCUUUCUUGUUUUACCAGCUAACUGAGGUAGACGAAGAUGGGUGCCACCUUGUAGGAUAUUUUUCUAAGGAGAAGGAGUCUGCUGAUGGUAACAAUUUAGCGUGCCUAUUAAUCUUACCGCCACAUCAACGUAAAGGCUAUGGAAAAUUUUUAAUAGCUCUAAGUUAUGAGCUCGCUAAAAUGGAACGAAAGAUUGGCUCGCCGGAGAAACCUCUAUCCGAUUUAGGAAAGCUGACGUACCGAAGUUAUUGGUCAUGGGUAUUGCUAGAGGCAUUAAAAGAUUUUAGAGGAACGCUGACCGUUCGAGACUUGUGUCAAAUGACAUGCAUUACUGAAGAAGAUAUUAUUGGUACCCUACAAUCGCUAAAUAUGACUAAAUAUUGGAAAGGGCAACAUGUAAUCUGUGUAACUCCGAAGCAGAUUGAGGAAUUGCUAUCAAGCCCGGAGUACCGAAAACCUCAAAUAACUCUUGAUACUAGAUACUUACGAUGGUCCUCACAGAAGUAUUCUCAACCUCUUAAAACACCGCAAAAAUCUAAAUAA